AUGUUCCGUGCUAACCAGUGCCGUUUGUUCGCCGAACCAGUUCAGAAGCCAAUUCCUGAUCAGAUCAAGCUCAUCACCGAGAAAUGGGACCCCUCGAACCCCAACUGCGUUUUCCGCACCUAUCUCUACAACAAGGUCGAGGAGCACGCUGUACCACACUACCACCCCGGUCCUCAGGACGACCCCAAGGAGUGGGACGAGGCUCUUCGUAACAAGCCUGCGGCCAACUUCAUGCCCGUUCUCUGCGCUGGCUUCCCAGCUAUCGUUGCGCGCCUAACGUUGCAACGAAGGGCCCUUGCCGAGUUCAACAACAAGCUCCAUGCCAUCAACGCCAGCUUAGACGCGAUUCUUUCUCGUCACGAUUUGGAGCACUCUGUUCGUGCGCUCAAUGCGCGGAGGAAGCAUGCGGAGCAGAGCAGGCGUUGCUUGGUUUUGGCCGCCAAGGUCCAGAUUCUGCGCAACAGGGGUUACGCGCUUUCUGGCGAUGAGGAUCAGCUCAAGCAGAAGCUUCAGAAGAUCGACAAGGACCUGCAGGACCCUGCUUUGAGCGCGCGGUUGGAGGAGUUGUGGAGCCGUCUUAUCAUUCUCAGGCAGUAUGCCGACAGCCUCAAGGACGAGAUCAACAAGCCUGGCGCUCUUGAAAAUGGGGGCUUGAGCGAGGAUGUGGAGGCAAAGGCGAAGAAGAUCCUCGAAGACUACGACAAGCAACUUCAGCACCUUAGAAAGCAGGUUGAGGAAGCCAAGAAGGACUUUGACGAGUGGGAAAAGGAACAUAAGCCAGCACCGGCUCCGUCAAAGAAGGCACGCUAG